AACAGGCACCGUCAGAUUCUGCACAGACACACACACACGCACACACAUACAUACUGACAGGAGCACCCGAUCCUCCACCGCGGCUGUGUCACUAUACCGGAGCGAGAGCUGGGCCAGGCACAAUGGUACAGCUGGGGACUAGCCUAACCGAGAAAGGUGACAAUGAACAAGGACUGGAUGAAGAUGAGGUGCCCUUAAUAGCACCUCUAGAUGUCAACCAACUGGAGCAACCUUUUCCUGACAAGCUGAUUGUAAAGACACGGACAGAGUAUCAACUCCAGCAAAAGAAGAAGAGGAAGAUGCAUGUGCCAGGAAUAAAGCGGCUGAACAUUAACCUAUAUGAUGAGGUCUCCGAAAAAGUUAAGCUCACCGGCUUGAUCCUGAUCACCAUGGUGUUCCUUGCUUGCCUUCUGAUGCUGGUUAUGUACAAGGCUCUGUGGUAUGAACAGCUCACCUGUCCUGAGGGAUUCAUCUUCAAGCACAAGCACUGCUCUCCAACAGAUCUGGAAAUGUAUUACUCCCAGCAAGAAACAGGACCACGAGGCGCCCUCUACACAGCCAUCACUCAAGCCAAGAAGACACUCCCAGAACUGCCUUCUCCCUGGCUGCCUGUGAUCAAUGCCCUAAAGGAGGCAGAAAAGGCAAAAAGAGAAUUGGGGGCAGCAAAGCAGUGAGUUUAUGUAGGGUGGGGAUGGGUGGAAGUGUCAGGGAGCUAGGGUAAGCUAUUGGGGAGGGGAUUGAAUUAUGGAAUGAGGUUAUCCACUAUCACAAUGCACUAAUCUGCCUGAAACAUCUCCAUGUCAUAAAAAGCAACACAUCAGACCCACUUAGCAAGGUGUAUUGAAGUUAAGUAAAAUAAAAGCACUCACCAAUUUAAUAUUUUGUGUAACUUUCUUUUUGUCAUUAUAAAAGGACAAUUCAGAACAGACAGUACUUAAAGAAAUCAGGCAUAAAUCGCGACAUAAUCAUAUCUAAACAAAUCACACAGUUUUUGAUGCAUGUCAUAGAAAGAGAAUUUCAUUUACUGGAGGCCAAGAUCUAUUUGUAUGCCACUUCCAGGACAGCCUCGAUGUAAAUGGUUUUAUCAUAUGUCCUAAAUAUGUGAUGUGUUUCCUUCCCAUUGCACGUAAAUAAUAUGUUGCUGAGUAUAUAAAACUGUCCUUCGUUAAAUACAGCCUUGGGAUUGCUGUUGAACUUAGCAGAGAAAUCUCUGGUGGGCUUCAAUUUUAAGUGGGCUAAAUAGUGUGUUAAAAUAGUACAAGUGACUUUAUAUCUAUUACGCAAAAUCCUUAACCAACUACGUCCAUACUUUGGGUGGUAUCACAAGAGCAUUUCAAACUCUGGUGUUUUCCAGCUGCAAAAUCAGUCAUAGGGGGGAGAUGUACUAUGCCAUGGAGACUGAUAAACCACCAACCAAUCAGCUCCUAGCUAUCAUUUAUCAAACACAGCCUGUACCAUGGUAGUUAGGAGCUGAUUGUUUGGUACUUUGUCACUCUCCACUUUAUCACUCUCCAAGGCUUGUACAUCUUCCCCGUAAGCACUUUACUAUAAUGUGGUGAUACACAGAUUUUCUAUUGCUGCUUCUGGUUUCACUUGUCAAAAAAAAAAGUUUGGAGACCACACAAUUACUUCAAAUAAUAAAUGUCACAAAAGUUUCCAAGUUGAAGAAAUGCACUGUUUCAGUCAAUGUUUCCCAACUCCAUUUCUUAGGGACUCCUAACAGUGCAUGUUUAGCAGAUCUCCUAGUUGGUGCACAAGUGUAUUCAUUACUAGCUUACACAUUUUAAAAGAUCUACUGGUGAUGCUAGUUAUUUGAAAUUGAAAACAUGCACUGUUAGGGGUCCCUGAGGACUGUAGUUAGGAAACAAAGGUUUAAAUAAUACCCUUUCAAACUAAAAACACGGGUCCAACUCCAAUUUAGCCGUAUCACAGCUGCUUGAAACCGUGUUCACACUGGAGGCUGGACCUGGGUUAUUGCCAUGUCGUUCCUUUACCGGCGCUUAAAGAUAUAAUCUCCAAGCACCAUUUAUCUGGCUCUCUGCUACUUUUUUAGGUCGGAUAACCCAGGUCACACUUUCACACUGCAGACUACCCAGGUCAGUCCCGGAUUUGACCCUGGUCGUGACCCGGGUAGCGGACCCGGGACACACAACCUGGUAAGACCCUUUUACACCAAGCAGGGACCCAGGUUGCCCUGGCAAUAUCUUGGGUCAGAGAGUUGGUGUGAAAGGGGUAUUAUUAGAAAUAUUUUUUAAAGUAUUAUUAACUGCUAUUGGCUGCUUCUUUUUUAGUAUAGGGAAGGCUAUCACUAGUGAUAGCAAGUGAAUCUCUUUAAUGAUGUGGGCUUUCACUGGUGAUAGCACGGGAUUAUCCCUCGAUCAACAGGAGAAGCCGAGGCCUUACUGUAUGUCCAGCAGAAGCAGCUGUUUUCACCAGAGAUUGGAUUUUUCACUACUUUAGAAAUAACUCGUUAAUCACUCCCGUAGUGAAUGAAGAAAAGUCUUCUCCUGUCACUGGAGUUUGAUUAAGCUCUGUAAUAAGCUGCAUGUAAUAUUUUUUGAAGCUUAAUCACUCUUGUGUGACAAUAAAGGACUGUUCCUCUUCACUUCAAUCUUUUACCACAGGAUUGACUAUUAAUUCCUGCACUUUUCUAGCUGAAAGUCAGAACCCUGAAAUCAAAGCUUAUCAUAUUAAAAUUGUCAGUGCACAUGCUUUACACAUCUCAAAAACGUUAAUGUUUUAUAACAGGAUCAUAUCAAAAACAAUUACAAAAAUAAAUAAAUCAAGCAGGGGUUCCUUAUACCACAACAUUAAUCAUAAUUAAUUUCAUUUAACAAAAUGAAACCAGAAACACUACCCAGCUAAUUAAAAAAAUGAAGUACUUUGCACUUUUACAAUAUGUAAUGCAAAGUGAGCGAAUAUCUCACUUUUCUUUUGUCACAAUGAAUAAAGAGUUGUAAUACUGGUAUUGUUCAUUA